CAAACUAGCUAAUGGGAUGUUGGGCUCGGAACCACAGCAGGCAAGAAGAAUGGCAGCUCAGUGUUGUGAGAUCGAAGGGUGCCAAGGAAAUCAGAUGGCAGAACAGCCAUUACACUAUUUUAUUCAAACAUGCAGAAUAAAGGUUAGAGGAAAGCAUCUUUGUCAAAAGUCUCCAAGCUCCAAAAGCCUUUGAAUUUAUGCUUUCAGGGAAUCCUUUGCUUUAUUACUUGACAUUUACCCUCGCUUGCUGUCCUUUUGGAACUGUUUCCAACAGUGCGCAGAAGAAAUGAUGCAGCUAUCUAAGAACUCCUUUUUUAAGUCACUCUUCUAAGCAUGGCAGCACAGCGAAGUCAGCAGGAUGAGCUCUCCAUAAACAAGCUCAGCAAUCUAGUUAAGACAAACCACUAAACCACAAUCAUCAUCAUCAUCAUCCUAUCUUUAUUCCCUCCACUUCUCUCAACUUUUAAUUGUAGCUCGAUCACUUCCUUCUGUGACACUUCAGUGUCAGGUUCGCAAAACAGCUUCUCCAUGAAACUUGUGGUCGUCUUCCUCCCUACAUGAAGGCAGCUCGUUCCAGGCCGCAGUUUGCUUCGGAAGGCGAGAGUUCAAGGGGUUGGCAUCAUCAAGCAAGAAACCUACUAUUAAGCCCUUGCAGAUGAAGAUAAUUCCAUAGACACUGCCCUAAAACCAGCUGCUGUUGACGUAGAGGUAGCCCGAGGACCGAUUGAAGUCUCGCUCCACCCCGGAGAAUCCACCGAGAAGCAGAGCCGCGGUGGUGUCGAUCAUGGCGCAGCAGCAGGUCCAACCGAGCCGCGCAGAGGAGUACAAGCUCAAGGAUACGAGUCCGCAGCUGGGCGAGCGGUGGCCGCAUGCGAGGGGCGGCGGGUGGAUGGGCCUGGUCUACGGCGGCGACAAGCUCACGAGCACAUACGACCUCGUGGAACAGAUGCACUACCUCUACGUGCGUGUCGUCAAGGCCAAGAACCUCCCCACCAAUGCCGUCUCCGGCAGCUGCGACCCGUAUGUGGAAGUGAAGCUGGGCAACUACCACGGCACAACCAAGCACUUCGACAAGAGGGUCAACCCCGAAUGGAACCAGGUGUUCGCCUUCUCCAAGGAGCGGAUCCAGUCGACGAUCCUCGAGGUCUACGUCAAGGACAGAGAGAUGGUGGCACGGGAUGACUAUGUGGGCAGGGUCGCCUUCGAUCUCAAUGAGGUGCCGACGAGACUGCCGCCGGACAGCCCGUUAGCCCCCCAGUGGUACCGGCUCGAGGACCACCGGGGGGAGAGCAAGGUGAGGGGGGAAGUCAUGUUGGCAGUGUGGAUCGGGACGCAGGCCGACGAGGCCUUCCCGGACGCAUGGCACUCCGACGCGGCCUCCGUCCAGGGCGAGGGAGUGUUCAACAUCCGGUCCAAGGUGUACGUCUCCCCCAAGCUCUGGUACCUCAGAGUAAUCGUCAUCGAAGCCCAGGACGUGCAGCCCAACGACAAGAGCCGCCUCCCGGAGGUGUUCGUCAAGGCUCAGGUCGGCAACCAGGUGCUGAAGACCAAAGUUUGCCCCACCAAGACUAUGAAUCCGAUGUGGAACGAGGACCUUGUGUUCGUGGCGGCCGAGCCAUUCGAGGAGCACCUGGUGCUGACCACCGAGGACCGCCUGAACCAGACCAAGGACGAGUUGCUCGGGAGGAUCGUCCUGCCACUGACCUUGUUCGAGAAGCGGCUAGACCACCGGCCGGUGCAUUCGAGAUGGUUCAACAUGGAGAGGUUCGGCUUCGGAGUGCUCGAGGGUGAACUGAGAAAGGAACUCAAGUUCUCGAGCAGGAUCCACCUCCGUGUCUGCCUCGAAGGAGCCUACCAUGUGAUGGAUGAGUCCACCAUGUACAUCAGCGACAACCGUCCGACGGCGCGGCAGCUGUGGAAGCAACCCGUUGGAGUUCUGGAAGUGGGCAUUCUCAGUGCGCAGGGACUGGCUCCGAUGAAGAAGACGGACGGCAGAGGCACCACCGACGCCUACUGCGUCGCCAAGUACGGCCAGAAAUGGGUGCGGACCAGAACGAUCAUCGACAGUUUCAGUCCGAAAUGGAACGAGCAGUACACCUGGGAGGUGUAUGAUCCCUGCACCGUGAUCACCCUCGGGGUGUUCGAUAACGGCCAUGUCGGCGGGAACGAGAAACCUGGAGGCGGCGGAGCGGCGAGAGACAUGAGAAUCGGCAAGGUGAGGAUCCGGCUGUCGACAUUGGAGAUGGAUCGGAUCUACACGCACGCGUACCCCCUCGUCGUCCUGCAGCCGUCGGGGGUGAAGAAGAUGGGGGAGUUGCACCUGGCGGUGCGUUUCACAUGUUUGUCCCUGGCGAGCAUGAUCUACCUCUACGGGCACCCGCUGCUCCCCAAGAUGCACUAUAUUCAUCCUUUUACCAUCAACCAGGUGGACAGCCUGCGGUACCAGGCAAUGAGCAUCGUGGCGUCGAGGCUGGGGCGGGCGGAGCCACCGCUGAGGAAGGAGGCGGUGGAGUACAUGCUGGAUGUCGACUCCCACAUGUGGAGCAUGAGGAGGAGCAAGGCCAACUUCUUCCGGAUCACGUCGCUGCUCUCGGGGACCAUCGGCAUGUUCCGGUGGUUGGACGACGUGCGCCGCUGGAAGAACCCCAUCACCACCUUGCUCGUCCACGUCUUGUUUCUGAUCCUGAUCUGCUACCCGGAGCUGAUCCUGCCCACCAUGUUCCUCUACAUGUUCCUGAUCGGGCUGUGGAGCUACAGGUUCCGACCGAGGCACCCGCCGCACAUGGACACGAAGCUCUCGGCGGCGGAGGUUAUACACCCCGAUGAGCUCGACGAGGAGUUCGACACGUUUCCGACGACGAAAUCGCACGACAUAGUUCGGAUGAGGUACGACAGGCUUCGGAGCGUGGCCGGCAGGAUUCAGACGGUGGUGGGCGACCUGGCGAUGCAGGGGGAGAGGUUGCAGUCGCUACUGAGCUGGAGGGAUCCCAGGGCGACCAGCCUGUUCGUGGUGUUCUGCCUGGUUGCCGCCGUGAUGCUCUACGUGACGCCGUUCCAGAUGGUGGCGCUCUUGGCGGGCCUGUACAUGCUGCGCCACCCCAGAUUCAGGAGCAAGCUGCCGUCCGUCCCCAACAAUUUCUUCAAGAGGCUUCCUUCGCGGAUCGACAGCAUGCUCUGAGGGAGAAGAAAACUGCUAAUAGAUUUUGCCAGUCCUCUCAUAUACACUGCUAUCCAUUCUUCCUUACGACUUAUUUUAUUAGUUCGUAUAGAUUCCGCGAGGAGUGUGGGUUUGCGGAGCUGUUGUAGUGAUGUCUGGUUUUGUUUGCCGUGUGAUGCACAAUUCUAUUUUGAUUU